AUGGCAGAGAAAGCAGAGAUUGAGGGCGCUGGGGGGGCGCCGCAGCCUCCCCCGCGCGAGUCGACCCCUCUGGGCUUCAGAGACGCCGUCAAGAGCAGAGAGGAUGCGCCGAAACCAUCGCCGGAGACGCCACAGAGGGCGAGUCGACCGCACCUGGGACUCUCUCUGAACAUGCCACAGCCGUUUAGCCCCAAGAGCGGCCAUGCAGCGGCUCGAAUACCGCUGUCCCCGAAGCUGGACUCCUCGCACUCGUUCGGUUCGCCGGCAUCUGUCCUGCCGCGGCGUUCUCGAGGGCUGGACUUUUCGCGCGCUUGCACCAACCUACACCACUCUACGCUGGCAGAGUCGUCUCCAGACUCGUCUCCCGUUGUCAGCGGCAGAGGGAUUGCCAUACCGCAACGGCGUGGGACUGCUGGAAGCACGGGGAUGGGGAUGGCCGGGUCUCCCAGCAGUUCGCAUCACCAACUGCACAAUUGCCUUACCUCUGCUGGCAGCCAUGCUGAGAGGACCGCCAUUUCAAGCUCUGUGGGCAGCGUCAACAUGAUCGACUCCGACUCGUCAAGCACCGAUGACGAAGACGAUGACGGGUCUAUCCAUGGCUUUGACCGUGGGGACCCCGGCGGAAUCACUCCCCAGGCAAAGAAGUCCGGACUAGGACUCUCUGCUCCAUUUUCUCCCAGUUUGAUACCAGCGUCCAGUGCAGACUGGAUGUCCGGGUUCUCUGCCGCAAAGGCGAGCUUGAUGAACUUCCAGCGAGCACGAUAUCGCAACAGUAAGAAGAGACACAGCUCUUCUAGUGCGAGCGGUGCUAGUCCCAGGCUUCUUGCUACCUCCCGAUCCCCACCAGCAGAGAAGGCCCUGGAUAGCGUCGGUGGGAGUUCUCUGUCCCAGAACUUAGCCCCACGGGACAUCAAGUCAAAGCUAGAUGAGCUAGCCCAUAUUCCCUCUGACUUUCAUCUUUCCGACGGGAGUGACGACGUGGAUGGCGGGAAACAGGCUGGCGUCAGCAGCCCAUCUAGUGGUUCGCUUGCCGGAGGCUCCAAUUCCGAGUCUGGUCGUCGAGGCGUCAUUCGACGGCCCGUGACCAGACGAGGGAAUCUUUUGCCAAAACCCAAAAACUUUGCACGCAUCAGGGCUACUCUAUUUGAAGAAUGCGCUCCGGUGGAGAGCGAUACUAAGAAAGAGGCAGAAGUGGUCCGCCAGGUGCGGGAAAACGAUGCGUCUGGCGCUCCGCAGCCCCAAUCUAUCCUGCCCAAUGCGUUGGAGAUCAAGGAUUCCACCCCUCCCAGCCUUGUCCCCGAGGAAGCACAUCAGAGGCCGCCCACCAGCUUCAGCCGGCAGGUAUCCCGGAACUCUAGUGGCAUCGACUUCUGGAACGCCUUCGAUGGACGGUACAGGACCCCACCGCCCCUCUCAGCGAGGGAUACAGCCAUGGCGUCUCCAGGCAUGCUCAAAGACAUAGACACAGAACCAGAAACAUUCGCCAAGAUCAACAAACGACGGCGGGGAGACGACUUUGAUCUGGCUUCAUUCAAGCGUCGGGCUGUUUCUCCAGGACCCAGCGUCCAGAGUAGUCCUGUCCAAGGUCAUGUUUCUGCUGGCUCAGACGCCAACCGGGUCGGCCACCUAUCCAAGGCCAUCUUGUUCCAGGGAAGCCAUCCAGCUGAACCCACCGCCAACACCAGCUCGCCCUCCGGGCCAGUCAAGCGAGUCGGUCUCCAGGGCAUGACCGAGACCAGCGACGGCUUCAUGAAGAUGACCAUUGACUGA